AUGGCUUCAGAGGAACCGCUUUUUGACCCUUCCCUCAAGAAAAGAAAGAAAAAGGCCGUCGUGUUUAUCGAAGACCCCCUCGGCGCCGAUGCUGAUCCCACAAAACCAGCACCCGAGACCAUCGACAACACUACCAUCAGCGGCGAGCCUGUCGAUCUCGGGCCAACCACCGCCCAUGAACUUAUGGCUGAGGCUAAGGCCGUAAAAAAGGACAAGGAGGAGGAAGACUUCAAGGCGAUGUUUGGCGAUAUGAAGAAGAAGAAAAAGAAGAAGGAGAUUCCGAUGGAUUUCGGCGAUGACUCCGGAACGUCGACGCCAGCCCAGGUAGCUGGAGAUGCUGCACCUGCGGAGAGUGCUACUAUCACUGCCGAUGACCUCGACUUCUCAGACAUGAAGAAGAAAAAGAAGUCAAGCAAGAAAAAGGCCAACUUUGACCUUGAUGCUUUCGAGAAGGAGAUCAACGACUCCAAGCCAGCCAAGGCGUCGAAAUCUGAAGGUGCUGAGGACGAUGAUGAUGAUGGCCCGGAGCCAGACGGUUCACAUCUCGACAACAUUGACGAAGAAGAGCUUGGCGAUGAUCCAUUCGCCCGUCCUGGUGAUGCGCCUGUUGGACUUGACGCUGGCAAUGAGCCAUGGCUGAAAAGCGAUCGUGAUUACACAUAUCAGGAGCUUCUGACACGAUUCUACGCUUCACUACACGCCGCCAACCCCUCACUCCUAUCAAGCUCCUCCAAGAAACGCUACACCAUCGCCCCUCCCCAACUCUUCCGUGAAGGAAAUAAGAAAUCCAUCUUCGCUAAUGUUACUGAUAUCUGCAAAAAGAUGCAUCGUCAGCCCGAACAUGUCAUCCAAUUCCUCUUCGCCGAAAUGGGUACAACAGGUAGUGUUGACGGUGCUGGACGUCUAGUCAUCAAGGGUCGUUUCCAACAGAAACAAGUCGAGAAUGUCCUUCGUCGUUACAUGGUCGAAUAUGUUACCUGCAAAACAUGCAAAUCGCCUGACACCCUUCUCACAAAGGAGAACCGUAUCUUCUUCAUGGCAUGCGAAUCUUGCGGCAGUAGACGUUCCGUCAACGCCAUCAAGAGUGGUUUCCAGGCGCAGGUCGGAAAGAGAAGCAAGAACAAGACCGGGUAA